CUAUACAUCAUGGCACCACCGCUUUUGCUUUCCGUGUCACGGCCUAAAAAUGUCAACGAUCUCAUUGAGCAGGUGAAAAAUACAGAAACUCAUGACAGCGAAAAAGAAGCCUUGAAUGCGUUGGUUAAAGGCAUGGUCGAGGAAUUCCGCGAUCACCCAAACCCGACUUAUUACAUCGAGGCGUCACGACUAUCAGAAAUCACCGACAGCACACAAUAUGAAGAUUUAAUCAAAGUCUUUAGCAACGUCGCUAGUGACCAUUCAAAACAUGGAAAAGCCCUUGAUCGAGAUCUCCUGCCGGCUUUUGAUCAUUGUCUUCGCCAGCACCGCGAUCGGUCUUCAGAGCGCUUUCUGACUUCGGCGCUUGGGGAGUUGCGUGAAGGGCUGGCCCAUGCAAUAGACAAUGCAUAUUUGCAGAAUCAAUACUACUUUUUAUACAUCCUGAGCACUGUACUGGAUGUAGCGAUGGAUAUCCACCUGGAAGGAAUUGAUCGAGAGAAAAUCCAUCAGCCACUUUCCGAUACGCUCCGCGGGUUGAGAAAACAUGACGAUGCACGCAUAGCCCAGGCAGCUACUUAUGCAUACGAAGCCCUUCAUGGUAUCCCCAAUAACGAAGGCCCAAUGGACGUGUUCUUGCGGACGAGUGGCACAGCCAUUUCAGCGACUGCGAAAAUCGCCAGCAGCGUUGCGAGUAUGGAUCCGGGGAAAGCGCUGAGUGCAGUACCGGAUAUACUGGAGAUAGUAGGGUAUCUUGGUAAAUUGCUCGAAUCGCUCGAGACGAUAGGAAAAACCACGAUGGACGUGAAAAAUGCCUUUCUUCAAGACAUUGAGCAGCUCCCAAAACAAAGUCCUUGGUACUCUGUUCUUCGCUUUACUGGUCCGCUCAUCGCAGGCCACGAGUUAUCCUUAUCCUUUGAGCUUCUUAAGGAUGUAAUACCGGAAUUGCCAUGUUGUGAUGAUUAUCGAUUCUGGUGCGGGCUAUAUGACCAACUUGAACAACGCUGGAUGGAUGGAGAUGACAAUGCAAAAAGUCAUAUUAUCGCGUUCGUUAAAUGGACCUUCCAUCAGCAGUCGCUAAAAGACAUCAGAUCCAAGGAUAAACACGUCCAGGAUUGGAUCAAUCUGAUUUCCGACACCUUCAAAUGCCCUCAAUGGAAAGUACAAGCCUUAGAUCGCCGUCGGGACAAAUAUUUGCGAUUUCUGGUGAAGGAGAAGAGCAAGAACUCUGGGCUUCAGCGGCCAUUCCAACAUGGCAAAUCCACCGAUCGCACUGGAAAACUGCUUGAAGCCGCGUGGGGAAAGUGCAAUGAAGCCCACAGACUGUACAUGGAUGCCGGAAUCGUUCAAUAUUACGAGAAGGGUGACCUACUUAAAAUCCUCCGGCUGUCAAAUGAAAGGUUGGAGAUGGAGAAUUGUUACAUUAAUCUCAGUCUCAUAGAAAAAUCGGCAGACCGUGAGCGGAGUCCUGAGGUUUUGGGCCUGAGAGAGCGUUUGCAGAUCGACGCUCCAAGUGAAGGUCGCGACAUUCAAUUGCAGGAUCUGUAUAAGGAGCGAGAGCUGCGGAAUGGGAAAGGCAUCCCGAAACGAAUUCUGAUUCGGGGCCGAGCUGGAGUCGGCAAAACAACUCUGUGCAAAAAGAUUGUACACGAUUUCAUUCACGGCAAGCUAUCGUCGUGGAAUGUUGACCGGGUCCUUUGGAUCCCUUUACGGAAGCUAAAGGGAAAGGAUAACCCUGAGCAAUUUCUGAUUGAGGAGCUUCUCUCGAGGAAUGAAGACAAAGACGUUCUGAGCACAUCUUUGCGGCAAACUAUUGUUCAGCCCAAGACAAGGACGCUUUUUCUGCUCGAUGGUUUCGAUGAAAUUGCAGGAGAGGUGGUCAGCAAUAACAUGCUCAGGGCCCUUCUCAACCGGGACAAUGUGAUUGUCACGUCUCGACCAUAUGCGCUUGAUCCGUACAGCCUAAAUACCUUCGAUCUCGAGCUUGAAACAGUGGGAUUUCGCCCCGAUCAAGUAAAGGAGUAUGUGAACCAUGUCUAUGCCGAGCAGCCGAACCUUGCCAGUGAUAUUCAUGGAUUCCUGAAAAGCCACUGGCUGAUCGCAGGGCUGCUUCAAAUUCCAAUUCAACUUGAUGCCCUCUGCUACACCUGGGAAGAGAACCCCCUGUCUGAAGACGUGAACACCAUGACUGCAUUGUACCGGGCGAUGGAAGUGAAGCUAUGGAGAAAGGACAUGGUCCGACUGGGUAAAUGUGAUGACAAUAAAGCAAAAGACUUUUGGGAUCGGGCACCAAUCGAAAACCAUAUGCGUGAUGAAAUGGACCUGCUGGAAAAGUUUGCGUUCAAUGGUCUGGUGAACAACCUAGUCGAGUUCCGCCUGAAUGACCGAAGGAUAUUGUACAAAACACUUCCAGGCAAGGUUGUCGAGACCGAUAACACGAUUAAGGAGCUUUCCUUCCUGCGUACCGCGUCAGAAGAUGAGGAUCGAACCUACUAUUUCAUCCAUUUGACAUUCCAAGAGUAUUUUGCAGCUUGCUAUUUUGUAAGAUGCUGGAUAAACCAAGAGCCACUGCAGUCCAUUUCCCUGGAAUCGGCCCAGCUCAGCUCUCUCGAACCAGGAAAGUUCUUACUACAGGAGAGAUAUAAUGGGCGCUAUGAUAUUAUGUGGCGAUUCGUCUCAGGGUUGCUCUGCCACCAGGACAGACGAAGUUUAGUUCAUUUCAUGCAGGCUCUGGACAGCGAUCCAAAAGAUUUACUUGGGCCUGCACAUCUGAGAAUCCUUAUGCAUUGCUUCAGCGAAAUAUCGGUAUCAGAAAGCAAUGGUAUCCUGGGAGAGAUGAAACAGGAUUUAGAGGAGAGGUUGUUACGUUUAUUCUUAACUGAAUGCAAAUCACCAUACUCUAGUCUUCAACUGGCUCAUGAAAUGGAGUUCCCAGAGGCGAUCUUGAAAGAUGUUCUAGAGAAAGGAACUAUUCUGCAGAAGAAGUGCUCUCUGAAUGCAAUUUCUCGACGUACACAAAUAUCAUUCAACCUCUUCCAACAAGUGGCAGCGUUGGUCUCUGAACCAGAUGAGGACGUACCAAGAUUGAUCGGGGAUGUUCUCGGUCGGCAUUGGAGUGUCUCGCCUGAGGCAGUUGUGGGGUUCCUCAACUCAAGAGACACCUCUGAAACUAGACAGGUCAUUCGUUUUUGUCUUCAUAAUGAAACCGAAUUGCCAGAUGAUAUUCUCCGCUCUUUGAUAUCCGGAUUUGACGACACUGAGGAUUCUAUCCCGGAUUUGGGGGCCGAUAUCCUGUGCAAUCAGCGCUCACUGCCAGCACACAUAGUUGCCGAGAUGAUGCCCUUGUUAGAACAUGAAAAUCCUUAUGUUAGGGCAUGUGCUGUUAGAGGGCUAUCCGAACACCAACUUGUCGAUAGGACAGUUUUUCAUAAAAUCCUAAAUCUUCAUGACGAUCGGGAUUCGAAGGUCAGAAGGAAAGUGGUUCAAGCUUUGGGAUAUAUAUAUGAUUGCCCGGAGGUGUUGAAGCCGUUGGGUGAUCUUCUCACGGACGAAGAUGAAGAAGUAAGAGAACACGCUGUUGAGUCCCUGGGAAAACAGCGAACUCUACCACCAGAAGCCUUGGAGAAUCUGUAUAAAAUGAUUGAGGAAGAUAGUAACGAUUGGGUGAGACGAGUAGCAUUGUCAGCUUGGAGUAAACAUGGCCCGUCUGAAUUUGUUACUGAAAAGCUGUUCUCCAUGUUAGAUGACGAUGUGCUAGGAGGUCAAGCAGGUAGCUGUCUAGAAAGACAGUCCUCACUGCCACAUGAGAUUGAAAAAUCACUGCUCUCCAAGCUAGAAAGUGGAACUCAAUCACAAAAACAUGGCGCUGUUUCUUAUUUGCAAAAUCAGACAAACCUCGAUAAUCCGACUCUCCAAGCACUGUUCAACAUUUUAUCCCUUCCAAAUGAAGAUGCAUUGCAGUUUCGGGCAAUUGGAAUCAUUGGGAAUCAAACAAAGUUUCCUGACUGUGCUUUGAAGCCACUGGCAUCUUUGGCGGUUGGGGGAAACCUUGUGCAGGAAGAGGCAAUCAACGCUCUAGGCCGACACCGAAAAUUGCCAGAAGAUAUACUGGAAUUAUUCAUUCCGCUGUUGAAGGAGGAAUUCCCGAUAUAUAAUUCUUCAGCUAAAGCGUUAUGCAACCAACACAGUCUACCGACCGCAAUAAUAGAGCAAGUCAUUUCUCUGUUGGACAGCAAAUCCGUUGGGCGUACAGAACGUGACGCAGAGAAAGUCCUUAGAGGUCGUCAGGAUUUCUAUGUGUUAUUGCCGAGUCUCGAUCGAAACAUCUGGACAACAUUAUUGCAAAUCUGGUUUGAGAGAAGUCUGGACGAGAACCUGAGUUGUUACCGUUCAGAUGAUUGUUUUGUCCUAAACACUCCACAACAAACAUACACGAUACGCAUGUCAACUGAUUCUCAAAGGGAAACUCUUGAUUAUGCUUUUGGGGAACUGGAAAAUUUUCAAUCGAGUUUCCCAGCUCUGGGCGAAGAGCGGGAUUAUUCAGAUUCCUCAUCCACAAGCGAUGAGGAUGGAGAUUCACAUUCCCCAACUGAGAUUGAAGGGGACAAGGAUUCAGGUUGCUCACCCCCAACUUCAAUCAGUGAGCAUGGAGAUCCAGAUUCCCGCACAGUUGCAGCUGAAGACCGUGGCACGAAAUGGAUUUCCUUGUUUUUGGCUACAUACUUUUUCUGUUUCUCUGUGUUUUUGGCGUUUCUGGCAAGAUAGAUACACUUCUGUUGCUUUAUAGAAUCUACGAGCAGUUCAAUUUCACCAUGAUUAUUACUAUCAGCUGUGCAUAUCUGUAUAUAUAGAUGAGUCUGUCAUUCGAUUGGUGCAUCAUAAGCCGGGUACUUAUUCUCUAUCUUUCUUAUAAUUCACAACAUCCAUACAGCCUUCAUCUGCAUCCUCUCCAUCAAUACAAAGUG